AUGGUGUUUUUCUUUUUGUUCGUUUGUAUGUUCCUGUCAAGCGCAAAAGAGGCGGUUAAGGAAUUGGAAGCCAAAUAUUUCACCUUCUUCGCUCCUAAGAGUCUCAUCUAUCUAUCUAUCUAUCUAUCUAUCUAUCUAUCUAUCUAUCUUUGGCUAAUCUUUCCUUCCUUCUCUUUUUCUUUAUUUCUUUCUAUGUUAGCCUAUUCUUUUUUAUCUAUCUAUCUAUCUAUCUAUCUAUCUAUCUAUCUAUCUAUCUAUCUAUCUAUCUAUCUAUCUGUAUCAUUCUGCUCAUAUCUAUCUAUCUAUCUAUCUAUCUAUCUAUCUAUCUAUCUAUCUAUCUAUCUAUUCCUUCUCUCUUUCUUUAUCCUUCUUUCUAUCGAUCUAUGCCGUCACAAUAUCCAUGUAUCUUUCAAGGGAGGUUCAUAUCUAUCUAUCUAUCUAUCUAUCUAUCUAUCUAUCUAUCUAUCUAUCUAUCUCUUCUCUUUCUCUAUCCCUCUUUCUAUCGAUCUAUGCCUACACAAUAUCCAUGUAUUUGUUAGGGGAGGUUCACUAUCUAUCUAUCUAUCUAUCUAUCUAUCUAUCUAUCUAUCUAUCUAUCUAUCUAUCUAUCUCAGUCUCUUCCUAAUCUAUCUAUCUAUCUAUCUAUCUAUCUAUCUAUCUAUCUAUCUCUAUCUAUUCCUUCUCUCUUUCUUUAUCCUUCUUUCUAUCGAUCUCUGCCUACACAAUAUCCAUGUAUUUGUUAAGGGAUGUUCAUUAUCUAUCUAUCUAUCUAUCUAUCUAUCUAUCUAUCUAUCUAUCUAUUCUUGGCCUGACUAUUAA